UUCAUUUUUUGAACUUUCCAAACCAUCAAACCAUAUCCCGUAUAUCUAAACCUCUGGCUUAGCUCUGCAGAGAUCGAUAUAGCUCUCACAAGCCAAUGAUGAUGAAAUUGAGCCUGCAUCUGUUCUCUUUCCUCCUGACUAUCUCUCUUGUCCCUCACCUCCUAAAAUCACAAGAUGAUGAUUUUGUUAGGCAACCUGCUGGUAGAGUAAUACUCACUCCUCAUGAUCGUUCUGACUCUGACCCUCAACAGGUGCAUAUUUCUCUGGUGGGAAAGGAUCACAUGAAAGUUUCAUGGGUUACAGACAACAGUCAUACCAAAUCUAUAGUGGAGUAUGGAAAACAAUCUGGAAAUUAUAAUGCAAAGUCUACUGGAGAACACACAUGGUACGAUUAUUUUUCAUAUACUUCUGGGAGGAUCCACCAUGUUACCAUUGGCCCUUUGGAGCCUUCAACCACAUACUUCUAUAGCUGUGGUGGUUCCGGUCCGGAGUUCUCCUUCAAGACACCCCCACAAACACUUCCGAUCGAAUUUGUAAUAGUUGGUAAGUUAUUCUUAUGUGUUUCUCGAUCAAUGGAUAAUAUAACAUGCAUGUUAGGUUACCAAAUUGUCAAUCUAAACUGACCACCAAUUUCUUAGUUUUAUACUUAAUUAUUAGAAUAAUUUUUGCAUUAUAUACCAGUAAUGCAUAUACCUUUUCUU